UCAAUUUGUUCAAACAACUCGUCUGUGAAUUAUCUUCAGUUACAGUUUUACAGAACGUGAAUUUAAAUCCACGGAUCAUUCAUUGAGUUCUUCAUCUUCUCAACUUACAAGAUAUGGCUGCUACCAAAUUUUCCCUAAGGGAAAAAUGGUGUGGCAGAAGGCAUGAAAGAGGGGCGAGGGGGAAGGUUUCCAGACAACGGUCAUCCAAUCGCUUAAACGGAUUUUGCAAACGUUCAGGCUUAUAGGCCAUAUUUUAUGGUCUUUAGUCUGGAGGCUCACUGUUCUUCAAAUUUACUUUUCUUGCUUAUUUUUCCAUGAAUAGAUGCUAUCAAAUUAGGUUACCUAUCUUUUUCUAUAGAAUUGUUUCUAAAAAAAAUUUGAUCAUGCUUGAAAAAGUUGAAUUUUCAGAUUGGAGCUAUCUAGCACCUACCUAUCUUCAAAAUAUUUCAAUGUCGUGGAGAGUAGCCUACAUAUAGAUCAUAUAAUAUUUCAAAUGGAAAAUAUAUCUAUGAUAAUUAUUAUUGAUAUAAUUUGUAUUUUAGAGCUCUAUAGCUCUCCAUAUAUGACAUUAUUGGGAGCUAUAAACUUAUUUUUAAAAUGUCGUUUGUAAACUAUAUCAGAGGAACAUUUCUUUUUUUUUAAGCUGAUAGAAAAAUUUUGAUCAAUAUCUCAAGCUGAUUAUUGUCUGUCGCUAUACAGUAGAUCAUUGAAUUUGAAUUUCAUGUGAACAAAGCAUGAAAAAGUUACUUGUAGACUUAUUACCGUAUUGUGAUUUUCUGAACUUUAGAAAGUUUAUGUGAAUUUCACAAAACAUUUUUGUAGUGAAUCUUCUUGGAAAAAAAAGUAGUCUAUCAUUUGUAACUGCUUGGAAGUAGUGCUUGAAACAUGUUUUCAGCUAUGAAUCUCCAUUGAAAAUAGUAUAAUGCUUAUUUAAUAACUAUGGUAUCAUAAAAUUCUAACCAAUAAAUGAAUAUUUUUCUUAUACUCAGGUACUUUCAUGAAACUCCGCUAGUGAGAGAAUAUGAACCAGUUACUAGUAGACAGCAGAAUGAAGACGGAGAAGCGCGUUGCAAUCAUCGGGUCGGGUGUGUCGGGACUGUGCGCUGCCAAGCACUGCUCGGCGGCCGGCAGUGGUGUGACGUGUGUCGUCUACGAGCAGGCGGCCGUCAUCGGCGGCACCUGGGUCUACACUGAUCAGACUGACGUCGACAACUAUGGCCUCCCCGUCCAUUCGUCCAUGUACAAGAACCUCAGAACAAACUUACCCAAGGAAGCGAUGUCAUUUCCUGAUUUUCCUCAUGCUGAAGGAGAGGUGUCAUAUUUGCCUGCUACAGGUGUCUUGCAAUACCUAAAUGAUUAUGCUGACAAAUUUCAUCUCAAGGAAAUAAUCAAGUUCCAGCAUCAUGUGAAACAAAUCAAACCAAUCGAAAAUGAGCGUUGGGAGGUUUCAGUGGUCGAUUUGAAGAAUAACUCUGAGACGAUACAGGAAUUUGAUGCUGUCAUGUUAUGCAUAGGGCACAACAGUAAACCAAGGUACCCAGAGAUUCCAGGCAAAGAUAAAUUCAAAGGCGUUCAAACCCACAGUCAUCAUUACAGAGAGCCCUUACCUUUCCAGGGCAAAAGUGUACUGGUUAUUGGAGCAGGUCCUUCUGGCUUGGAUCUCACUUGUGAAGUGUCAAAUGUUGCUAAAAAAGUCUACUUGAGUCAUCACACAGACUAUGCAGGGAAUUUAAAGUUCUCGGAUAAUGUUGAAUUGAAGCCUGAUGUGUCUUCUCUAACAGAGAACACAGUUAUCUUCAAUGAUGCAACAGAAAGUGAUAUUGAUAUCAUUUUGUACUGCACAGGUUACGUCUCAAGCUAUCCAUUUUUGAGCAAGGAGUGCGGUAUUGUAGUUGUAGACAACUUCGAGAAGCCUCUGUACAAGCACAUGAUCAACAUUGAACAUCCAACAAUGGCAAUAAUUGGCAUUCCAAGACAUCUGCCAAUCUUCCAUCUUGUCGACAUUCAGACUCAAUUCUUCAUCAAAACAGUAACUGGAGACAUCAAGCUGCCUUCAAAAGAUGAAAUGCUUGAUGAGCUGGAAACAUAUAUUGCGAAAAAACUCAACGAAGGCUGUCGUCUGAGAGACUUGACUGCACUCGGCAAAUCAAUGCAAACCUACUACAAUGACCUGGCUAAUAAGGCUGGCGUAAAGAACAUGUCCACACUUAUUGUCAAGAUGUACUUUGACGCUUAUGAACGCAUAUUCAAAGAUUUUUUGACUUUCAGGAACAACUGCUACAAAAUUGUUGAUAAUGAAAAUUUCAAUGUUAUUGAUAUGAGAGAGUUGAACCGAAAAAAUUUCAAAUGUAAAUGUGGAAAUGGCUGUAAACCGCCAACCGAGAUCAAAGCUCAAAUUUAGAAAACAACAUGUCAUGAAAUAUUUCAUCUAAGUCAUCUUCAUCAUAAUUUUUAAUUGUAAGAUAAGUACGGUACUGAUUCUAGUGAUCUGAUUGUAUUAUUAUAUUUAAAUAUUUCUUUGUAAUGUUAGUAAAUAGGUUAAAUGCUGGAUGUAAAAUAGUGUAAAGAACAAGUGAGUUCAUGAGAUAUACUUUCAAUAUUCCAUAGUCUUUAAAAUAUGAUUGUAGAUAUAUUUGUAAUAGCUAAGAGCUGUGUAGGAUAAACAUUGAAGAGGAAAAUGAA